AUGUGUGUUGUUUCGGAUUGGAAUGAGAGUAUCUUGAAGGCAACAUCUAUUGUUUAUAUUGGCAUGCCACAUUAUGCUUGCAUGCGGCAUAUUUGGACAAAUAUAAGGUCAAAGUUCAAGAAGGGUCAUCUAAAGUUAAGCGAAUUGUACUUUGUCACGGCACGAUCAUACACGCUUGAUGAAUUUAAUGAAAGAAUGUCAAAGAUUGAAGAGAUCGGCAUGCGUGUUAAAGCAUACCUAUACGAUAUUGGCUAUCACAGAUGGUCUCGGGUACAUGCUACAGUGAACAGAAUGUGGACGAUGACAUUAAACAUUGCAGAGUCAGUGAAUGCGGUAACAAAAGAUGCAAGAGAGCUGCCCAUAGUAGAACUAUUAGAGUACACGGGGACUCUUCUUGAACGUUGGACUAAUGAAAAAUUAUUGAAAGCAAAGAGUAUAUUCACAUACCUUGGGAAAAAAUACAACAAAGAGUUGGAGGACAACAUGACAUUAUCGCAGAAGAUGAGAGUGAGGGCUUCAACAUAUCACAUCCAUACAGUGAUAGAUGGUGUGAAGCGCUUUAUUGUUUGUCUUCAAAACAAGAGAUGUAGUUGUGGACAAUUCCAGCUUGAUGAACUUCAUUGUGCACAUUCUUUGGCGGCUUUGAAGCACAAGAAUGAGUCUUAUAAAAACUAUUGUUCUCCUUAUUACACGAGGGAGAGCCUUUUGCAUACUUAUGAAAUACCAGUAGACCCAUUGCCUGACGAAAGCAAAUGGAAUGUGCCACAACAUAUAGCUGAAGACGUUAUAAUGCUACCUACUGGGAAAAGACAGCCAGGAAGACCUCAAAAACAAAGAUACAAACCAUAUGGUGAAGUAACUGCAAAGAAGUACAAGGUUUCAUGUGGCAACUGCGGACUAGAAGGGCAUAACAAAAGAUCUUGUAAGAAUGCUCCCAAGAGGAAAUAA